AUGCAAGCCACCAGCAGCGAUUGCGAUACGUCGUCUAACUCGCUCGGCCAGCGCCGAGGCAUAUCCGAUCUGGCGCGAUUCGCCCUCGACCUGACUUGGGCAACUCCUCCAAGAGCAGAGUUCGAAACUCCUGCUCAACCCAGAGACUACCCUUCUCCGCCCAUGUCAGGGUCUCCUCCACUCCCGCCCAAAGCAAACCAAGAGGUUGGUGACCGAGGGCAACAACCGCAUGGCAGCUAUCCGUCCAUCAACCCGCAAGAUGCCUACAGGGGAGGACCGCCACCACCACCGACUACACAGCAGGGCGACAUCCGAGGACAUCCCCCGCCGCAGACUCUCCCGCCGCCUCCAGCACGACCUUAUCAUACCGAGCAGCCAGACAGAAUGGCCUACUCCUACCCCCGCCCUGACGACCACUUGCGAAAUCCGCCAUCCGGAUACGCCCACAUGGCAAGCCAGGCAUUGCAACAACGGCCGCCGCCGUAUAUGCAAAUGCCCGGCCCUCCGCCGCCUCCGUCCCAACACCAACACUACCCGGCACCGAUGCCGCAGCAGCCUCCCCAGGAGAACGCCCCCUACACGUCUCCCAAGACGCAACGAAAGACAAAGGGCCAUGUGGCAUCAGCCUGCGUGCCAUGUAAAAGAGCCCAUCUUCGGUAA